GCCGCCGCUUCGUCAUCCUCUCAGUACACGUAUCCGCCCGCCACCACCUCCUAUUUUCCGACCCCGUUUCACCUUCAACAAACGCCUCCUCCACCUCCCGUUCCUUACAUCGGCGCCGCCCCUCCUCCUACCGUUCCGGCUGUUCCUCUACCCGUUUAUCCCGCUCCUCCCACCGUGUACACUUUGCCGCAAUAUCAACAGGCCCAACAGUUGUUCCAGAGGGAUGCGCAAACAAUAACACCAGAAGCUAUUGAAAGUGUAAAAGCUGCACUUGCAAGCAGCGAUAUUGAGCACAAAGCAGAGACUAAGAAGAAGGCAAUUCCUCGGAAAGCUGCAGGGCAGACUUGGGAGGAUCCCACCCUUGCAGAAUGGCCUGAGAAUGACUAUCGUCUAUUUUGUGGUGAUCUUGGAAAUGAGGUGAAUGAUGACGUUUUAUCCAAAGCUUUUUCAAGAUUUCCUUCAUUUAAUAUGGCCAGAGUGGUUAGAGAUAAGCGUACUGGUAAAACCAAGGGGUAUGGGUUUGUCAGUUUUUCCAACCCGACUGACCUUGUGGCAGCUUUAAAAGAAAUGAAUGGGAAAUAUGUCGGGAACCGACCAAUUAAACUUCGCAAGAGCACCUGGACUGAGAGGACUGAUGCCGAAGCCCUGGAAAGACAAAAGAACCAGUCUCAGAAGAAGACAAAGCUGCCGAAGAAAAGUGUAUUGCACAAAUGAGUGCUUAGGUAAUGUGUGAAGGACACACGCCGUUCAAAAACUUAGCCUGGUUUUCCUAUGUAGACAAAGAAACUCCUCUACUUUUCAUCAAUCCUACCAUCAGUACAUUUAUGACUUAUUGGAAUUGUUUUCCCUCAUGAGGCAAGUACAUUGGUGUAUCCGAGUGAUGAAGUGUAAAAACAUGAUCAAAUGAUGUUCCCUUUUGCCCAAUUAAUGGCACAUUCGUUCACUUGACUUCAA